AUGAAAGAAAUUAAAUUGCAAAGUAAAUUUCCCAUAAAAACUCCUGAAUCAUCGUCUAACACUGAAACGUUUAUUGGCUAUGACAAAAGAUCCUUGGAAAAGCAACAUCAUAUUACCUCAAAUAAGAUACCAUUUAUUGCCACUGCUAUAGCUUCCCUUAGUUUAAUUAGUUUUGGAUAUAUGCUAGGAUAUACCGCGCUGGCUAUACCCCAGUUGACGACCGAUGAAGCUCAAAUAGAAUUAAGUGAAAAUUCUGUGGCUUGGUUUGGUUCUCUAAUUAUGUUGGGUGCCUUUAUCGGAAGUAUCAUAGCUGGCAGGAUGAUAGAUCAUUUCGGCAGGCAAUGUACUCUCAUCACACUCUCCAUACCAGCUACUAUUGGAUGGUUUAUAAUUGUGUCUGCUCAGACAGUUACAGCAUUACUUGCUGGCCGAAUAUUAACAGGCAUUUCUCUUGGGAUGUCAUCUGUAUCUUACUCGGUCUACAUGUCGGAAAUAUCCACUGCCUCAAUGCGUGGUUUACUCGGAGGGUCUAUUCAAUUUGCUAUUUCAACUGGAUAUAUUCUUAAUGCUUCCAUUGGCAUGAUUACUACUUGGAGAUACUCAGCAAUAGCGGGGCAAGCAAUCGCAACCAUAUUAGCGAUAGGAAUGGUAUUUAUGCCUGAAUCACCACAUUGGUUAAUUGCUAAUGGCUAUCGUAAAACAGCUAUUGAUACGUUAAGACGACUUCGAGGACCUGAAGCAAACAUCAACUUUGAACUAACAGAAAUUGAGAGUUUGAAACACCGCCAACAAAUUAAAUAUUCGGAGUUAUGGUCUCCUUCAGUUCGAAAACCAUUCUUGAUCAGUCUAUUCUUACUUAUAGCUCAAAAAUGGACAGGUUUUCAUUCCGUUUUAUUCUUUUGUCCGUACAUACUUCGAAUGGCAGGUUUUCAAGAUUUUCGCCUGAUUAUUUUGAUUAUGGCGAUAUCACAAUUUGUUGGUAGUGGCGUCGGCUAUGCUUUGGCUGGUCGAUUUAGUAGAGUGAAACUGCUAUUAAGUUGUAGCGCGCUGAUGACUGUUUCUGGAGCUCUAUUGGGAGUUUACUUUUAUUUAUUAGAAGCAAUGUCAUUAAAUCUACUUUGGUUAAGCUUCAUUAGUACAUGUGGAUAUGUGUUGGGAUUUAAUAUUUCAUGGGGAGGAUUAGCAUACGCUAUAAUGAGCGAAAUACUGCCUCUCAGGGUACGUGGUGUGGCAUCUGGACUAUCUGCCAGCGUUGGUUUUUUAGCAGCAUUUGCUGCUAGUUACGCUUUUUUACCGCUGGCACAGGCAAUAUCAGUUCAAGGGAGUUUAUGGUUUUAUACAGGCCUCAACGUAUUAAUUGCAAUUAUUGUCUUUUACUGUGUACCAGAAACCAAAGGUAAAAAGUUUUCGGAUAUUGAAAAAAUUUUCGAUAAAAAGAAGAGGAUGGAUAAAACAACGAUGGUCUAG